AUGGAGGACGAUCUAGUGGAGAUGAUUGUGGAGUGUUGCUCGCAGGAACGGUCCUACCUCAAGUUCUUCGGGCUGAUGGCGCAACGUUUCUGUGAGGUCAACAAGGCAUACCAGACCUCCUUCGAACAGUGCUUUUUGUUCCAAUACAAUAUGAUCCACCGACUGGAAACUAACCGGUUGCGAAAUGUCGCCAAGGUCUUUGCGCACGUGUUCUUCACAG